AUGGGUAAACUAAACAUUGCGCAUCACAAGUCGUAUCAUCCAUACCGGAGGGAUAAUAUCGAACGGGUACGCCGAGAUGAGGAAGAGGCACGAGAGAAAGACGCGAUUCAGGAAGGCAGGAUGAUGUUGGCGGACUCAGAAGCGCGGAUAGAUCUUCUGCGGCAACGAGCGGGUGGUACUCGCACGAAGGACAGACACGAGGACGACAGCGACGAGACCGCUCUACAGCCAGGCCCGUCUUCUAUCGCCUCGGGCGGACAUAUCAAUCUAUUCGAGGACCUGGAGCGGUCGAUGUUCAGUGAUCCACGAUCCACAAAGAAGGCUCCACCAGAAACAGAGAAGGGCAUUCCACUGGCUCCUGCCGCCAAGGAUCUCAACCCGUGGUAUUCCGACGGCGCCUCUGGUAAGGAGCGAGAGACGAAUGAGGAUCGCAAGAUCCGCGAUCUGGCGAGAAAGUCCGUGAACGAUCCCCUCACUUCCAUAAAACACCAGCUGGCCGCACGGCCCUCGAGCUCUACUUCGACGUCAAGACGCCCACGGCCCGCGGCCCCCGCGGCUUCCAGUGGCGGACAGCAGCGCGCUGCGGACGUACGGCUGGUUCGCGAGUCGUCCGAGCGGCAGCGCGCGCUUGAGCUGAUACGGCGGAAGAAGCGCGAGGCGGCCGGGAGCGAAACACCAAGCACAGUACACGGCGGCGUGAGCGAACGUGUCGGUUAUGGGGACGUAUUCAACCGCAGAGAGGUCGACGAAGCACGGCGCCACAGAGACAGGCGAUGGGGCGGAGACAGUCGGCCUGAUGACGGGCGGUCUCGGGCGCGAUGGCGUGUAGAUACAUAUAUAGGCGAGGUUGAUUUACUAGGAGCGAAUCAAAGGCAACAGGUGCCUGGCAACCUGGGAGACUAUUCAGGACCGUUCCUCGCAACGGGCAGCCAGCAAGUGAGCAAGCAGGGUUGCCAUCAGGACGGACCAGAAUCGACAAGUCGGGCUCCGUCGACGGCCCCGAGUAAGCCUGUAAAGACCUCCUCGAGUUAG